CCCCGGAGCCGCAGCCAUUGUCGGAGGGUCGGUCGUUCGGUCGGCUCGAUUCCCUUGGAACGCGCGUCCAUCGCGCGCGUAACACACCCUUUCGUUGCGAGAGUACCGAGCGAAGAACAACACGAGCGAGCGAGCGAGCGAGGGGAAGAGGAAGAAAGGGAAACGAGAAGAGACGCGCGAGAGAAUCGGCAAAGCGGAGGCGAUGUGAGAGGAAGAAUCCGCUCUGGUCGGCGCGAUGAGACACCAGCAUCCGCGCGACGCUGAUUCCGCGCGACCACCAACAGCACCAGCAACACCAGUCGACGUCGUCGUCGCCACCGCAGCCGCAGCUACCGCCGCCGCUGCCGUUGCCGCCGCCGCCGUCGUCGUUGUCGUUGUCGUCGCCGCCGCCGCCGCCGCCGCCGCUACCACCGCCGCCGCUUCCGUGUUGCUGCACCCUCUCGCCGCCACGGCCGCGUGUUUCACCACGAGCAUGAAGAUUCCGCCUCUCUCAUGACCCAGCAUCGUGAGCGCACAUGUGGACGAGGAUAAAUCACCUUAGCGAGAGGGAUGUCUGAGAGCGACGGAGAGCAUGCAGCUCGCUCGGUGGCCUUAGAGCAAGCCUAUGUCCACGAAGUAUACGAGCAAUGUGCCGAGAAAACCACGCAAAGUAAACACUGGCCACGAGUAUAUCAAUUUCUCCAAGAGCUCGAGCCGGGUGCCCUCGUCUGCGAUAUCGGUUGCGGUAACGGAAAAUAUCUCAGCGUGAAUCACAGUAUCUUCAAAAUAGGAGUGGACCGAUGCAAGCGUUUCACAGAUAUCGCACGCGAGAAGGAAAACGAGGUCCUGAUAUGCGAUAACUUGGCACUACCGUUCCGAGAAGAGAGCUUCGAUGCGGUACUGUCGAUCGCCGUGGUGCACCAUUUCGCCACGACAGAGAGGAGGGUACACGCGUUGAAGGAGCUGGCACGGGUCCUCAGGAUCGGAGGUCGACUCGUCAUAUCGGUCUGGGCUAUGGAACAAAAGCAUAGAAAGUUCGAAUCGCAAGAUGUUUUAGUACCAUGGCCCAAGUCGUAUUGCAUGAGUGCAGCAUCGGAUGGAACAAGGCACUCGAGUGUAUCGAACAAUAACGAGAAACGAGAUGACGAUGCCGCUCAGAAAUAUCCAUCAUCCUCCAAAAGAAAUAGUCAACGAAAAUGUAAAAGCAAGAGUUAUUGGAUCGAUCCAAUAUUCAGCCUGUCACCAUCUACCAGCAGUCUCUCCAGCCCGAAUGAAACUUGUUAUAGCUGCUUCCGGCGAGCGUUACAGAAAUUAGCGAGAAGCAAACGCGGAGGCAGCGGUCGCGCAUGGUUCCCUGGGAGCUGGCAAAGCGGCACCAAGAGCCGACGGCACUACGACCCCGAGGACGUAACCGACGUGGACGAGUUACCGAUCGAGUUGCGUCGUGUGGAGACCACUCACACGCUGAUGACCAAUAAACAUACCGAUACCUUGAGCAUCAAGUCCAAGAGCCUGGGCGAUAUCCUGGAGAUUGAACGGCUGGACUUAGUACGUUCUCGGUCAAGUAUUCCGGGCUUCUGCUCCACUUCCGAGCUGAUCCUGGACGAACGGUCCGUCUCGUCGUCCUCGAGCGGCUCGAAACCACGGCUGGUGAAGCAGAAAUCGUGCGUGGAGGAGACCGGUUUGGAAAAUCCUGAAGACACUGCCAUUGAAAACCUGAUCAAGGACCUUCCAGACUUUCCUUGCCAGCAGAUGCGCGCCUGCAAACGCAACGUGCUGAAACAGAGUUCGAUGAACGAGGAGCUGAUGUCGGCAGAACGACUGGAAGAGAAAGAGCGAGUGCGCCGUAAUAUCAUGAAGCAGGCGUCCCUGAACGAGGAACUCAUCUGUAAGUGGCGCACGUUUGAAGCGUUUAAAGACACUAUCAGCCCGGUAAAUGCCAGCCGACGCUUCCAGCUGUUGAAAAACGGACUUACCAGUAAGAUCAAGCGCUCCACCACGAAUAUCGAGAAGGUCUCCAGCAUGUCCAUCAAGAACGGCUUCGUACGGAUGCUGCAAGGCUGGAAAUCCGGCGAAAACGAGGCAUCCGCGACGGAAGCGGCGACGACGAAGCCGAAACCUACGCCGGACAAAGUACAAGCACCUACUGUGACCGUGGUCAAGCGCAGCAUCGAGGGCGUCGAGCGUCGUCUCUCGCGAGAGGACGGUUCGGAUUCUUCCAAGGACAGCAGCCUACAAAGUGACACCAGCGUAGAUUCUGAGGAUAGCUUUGCGUCGGUAAUCUUCGUGCCCAAACAGGAUGUCCCGGUCACUACGUCGUCGGUCAACGAGAUGCCACUUUCACCGCGACCAGCAGCGUUGCAGCUCGGUACGACGUCAGCACCACCAUCACCGCGCGUUAAGCAACCCCCGGAUAAUCAGUCCUCAAGGUUUAAGCUAAUCGGUGUGUCGUCAUUAUUGAAACAACAACCGCAACCGCAACAACAACAACAAUCUGUCUCGAGUACAGCCCGCCUCAGUGACGCGGUCAAACAUGUAUCACCGACUCUUAUCUGCAAUGACAAAGUGUCUGUUAACAACACACAGACGUCGACAGGGUCGCGCGGACUCCAUUUAAUAACAGAGCCGGCGGAAGCGGAGGAACCGGACACCGCGCCGUUGAUACGUGCCUUCAACGACGUCACCAAAGUGAUAGGCCGCGAGUCGAUCAGCGAGGAUGAGAACCGGAAGGCCCGGCUAAAUCAGAUUAAAGAGCUACUCAUACAGAAGCCGGGCUUCGCGACACGCGCCAGACCCUCCUUUCCGCUCGUCAGACGUGCUUCUACCACAGCUUCAGGCCGUCUAGAGACCGUCACGAGGAUCUUGCCGCGGCUGUUGUCACUGGAGCUAUUCAACCCGGAGACCGAUGAUCUGGACAGCGAUUCCAGCGGGGUCUCGUCGCCGGAAUCCGUCGGCUCGGUGAUUAGCGUCACGUCAGAUGAAAGGUACAUCGCAAGGAAAGAAGUCGAAGGAAAGAAAAACAACACGCAGACGGAUUCGGAGGAAGCCUCCAAAUCGAACGAAAGUUCGGACGCGGCCGCAUCGGAGAAGACGGACAGAGAGACUGGGAGUAUACGCGAUGACGAGUCGCUGAGUCUGGGAACGAUGGCGAUACUCACCGACUCGAAGACACCUCUGAACCCCUCGUACGAAUCUUCGUCGGCGAUCCCGGAGGACGAGAUGAUGUGCGACACUUCGUCGACGGCUUCGCGAAUCAGUGAAAGCAUGGAGGAGGAUGUCGCGUCGUCGAUCACAGAAGCAGAAAUGAUGCGUGAUGUUUCCAAAGAUAUUCUGCGAACCGAUCCGAUUUGCUCAGCGUCUCCUGUACUUUCGGAAAGCAACAGGUCCAUUACUUCGCAGUCUAUGAGACUCUUGGAAGCUGCUGCCAACGUGGCGAGCUCGUUGGAGGACGCUGUAGGAACGGCGAUGCAACACAACACGCAAAUCGAGUCGCAGUUACUGCAGGUCGCGCAACGGCGUGAUCACGACGGCGAGUUUUGGUCGAGAUCGAGCGUGCGAACGCGAGCAUAUCUGAAGCAAGAACGUAAGUCGGCCUCGGUGGACUUAGGCGGCUAUACUGACGAAUCGAGCAGCGAGCUCAUGCGAGAUAUCAGUCGGUACUGCCAAAACUCGUCGUUCGACUUCCUCAACGUCUGCCAGACCUCGAGGACUACGUCAUCGACGCUCGACGUCGCGGACAAUAACCUGACGUGCUGGGAAGAGUGCAACGGAUUGCCCAAAGAGACCACGUGGAUCGUAAACGAAGCGUACGACAAGAGUGGCCACAACAAGUUCACCAAUGUGGUGCAGCAGCCCGAACUGAAGUCGUCCAAACCUGAAAACGAAACAGAAGAUGCUUUUCAGUACAAUUCCGAAUCAUAUUGUGGCGAGCAGUCUGUAUUCAAAUCCGAAUUUGAUCGUAAAUUCAAACGCGAAUUCGAGACCGAAUCAAAAUACGAAGUCAAGCUCGAAGCCGAACUCGAAACCGGAUUCACCUCCAAAUAUGACGAACUGUUCAGAUUCAACUUAGAGUCCGAGGACAAGUCAAAGUCCUAUCUGCUACCUAGACUCAAUCCCGAAUCCAACAGCGGUUUCAUGGUUGAUAUCGAGAAACCGACCGUUGAUGCCAGAGCUGAAAGUAAGUUCCAUCCCACAGAAUCCAACUCGCAAUCAGAAUCUAAAACCAGCCGGCAAGAGCGAAGACAGGGGAACUUGAGUAUCUCGUCGCUGUUGCGCAGCAACUCAGACGACAUGCUGGACUUCGUGAUGGUGUCAAAGACAGGCGAGUUCCAGUGCGAAGACGUGGCGGAAGAGAACUCGGUUACAGACAAGUGGCGUUCCCAAGGCGGGCUGUCGAUGGACUCGAGCGAGGUGGGCGACUCGAUUGAGAACACAACGACGAGUCUGAGCGAUGGCAGUCAAGCGGAGUCGACAGCAAGACUGUUCACCGGCAGCACGGUGUCGUUGGUAUCGAACAUGGAGAACGUGUCGCGUUGCGCGACAGAAGCACGACGGAAGCUACAGGAGCGCGGCCGCUCAUUGGACGAGAUUUCCAGCGAGACGAAGAGAAACUCCGCCGCGGCGGAUUGCCUGGUCACGACGACUGACACUCUGAGCAACGCCUCGUCCCAGGAGUCGUUGCCGUCCGAUCGUGGUGGCGGCGCUAUCACAUACCAUCAAUACUACCACGUCUUUCGGGAGGGCGAGCUCGACCAGCUGAUCAACAAGUACGUCGAGAACCUGCAUAUCAUCUCGUCGUACUACGACCACGCCAGCUGGUGCGUUGUCGCAGAGAAAGUGCAGGUUUGGACUAUAUGACUUCGGAUACGGAUCGAGUGCAGGACGAGCCGCCGUCGCGCGUAAUCAGGCGACUCAGUUCGCCGUCUUCGCGGUUGUACCGGGUGUCUCGACAGGAGAUGUCGGCGAAGGGAUCAAUUAGUUUCAACUUUGUUGAAGUGAAAAUUUGCAUCCACUUAUAUUGUUAUUUUCGAGCCGAGAAAUAGAGUCCUGUGAGCGGUGUGUGAAUCUAAGUAACUAAAUACUACAUAUAAUUCCAGAAUUUUAAGCUUUCAUAGAUCACUAUUUAGGUUUGGAAUUGCGGAGGCAGUUGGAACACUCUUUACUUUCAUGAUAAAAGUACUGAUCCCUCUUUUUGGGACACACCGACACACUCUAGUAGAUGGGCUAAGAGUGCGAAAAGUGGGCCGCUUCGAGUACGAGGUUACGGCGCUAAAUCCGUGGAUCUAAGAGUCCGAAGAUCUUAGAAAUCAGGGGUCCAAGAAUCCAAGGAUUUAAAGGCUCAAAGAUUUCGUAUAAUCCGAGUAUGCAAGAUCUAAAGUAAUUCACGAGUUGACUUUCUAACGAUCCAUUCUCGAACUCUGCGACGAUCUAUAAUCGCUAUUGAAGUAUCGCUUUGCGCUCGUUAAACAUUUCCUAUCUUGCGUUUAUCUCAUCAGAAAACUUUUCCGCCCAUGACGCCACUGAAGUGAUGAUCCAGAGAUUACGAGAUUUCGAAAGGAACGAAAGAUAAAUCGCGCGAACGAGCGGCAAUUAAACUUAAUAUAUCGUGACAUAUCCAACAAUAAAUUAGGGAACAGUUUUAGUAGUAAAUUGCUAUUGAUAUAAAACUUUUUCAUUAAUUCUUAUUAAUCACGGCAACAAUCCUUGAUUUUAUGAGCUCGUCUCUUCCAGCUCUAUCUUCACUUCAGUGAUACUUAGGGCUGUCCAUCUUGCUUAAUCGGACUUGCACAUCUCGGAACAACGAUUGCAGGAAGCACGAUCCUUCGAGAGCACGCAGACGGGAAAAAGAGAUAAAAAGUCGUUCAGACGUCUCCGAUCUCGAAGGGUGAUGCAAUCCGGACGUACGUGCGUUAAGCAUAUAAAACUUCAGAGACGGCAACUGGGACUCCAGCUGUGGAGCAUAUUUUCUAGCUUUUCGAGGAACCGACAAUAUCCGAAUGCUUGAACGUAGAUAUACCUCGAUAAUGCGAACACUCCACUUCCAGAAUGUAUACAUGCAUACGUUCAUGCCGCACACAAAACAAACACACACAAGUGUACACACACAUAUAAGACAUAUUAGGAUGUCCCUUAUUUAUAAUAACUUUUCGUGUGGUGAUAUUCGUACAUCGAUGCUUAAAAGUCGCAUUGAUAUUACAUUUAAUCGGACUCGUAUAUUCGCAGAACUUAUCGGCAAUAUCAAAUUGGCGACAAACAUAGACGAUCGACGCGGAAAAAAUAUUUUAUAUUUCUAAAAUACUAGUAUAUUAUAAUACGGACAAAUCUAUAUCGUGAAUCAGAUAUAUAUAAUUUAUAAAAGGAACAAAUAGAGAGAGAGAGUAGUGGAGAUAAAACGUUUCUAAUACUUGGCCAUUGGCAUGUAAAGGACAUCCUAAACGUACACAUACAUGUACACACGUACAUAUGUGGGCAGACCUACGUACAUACAAACAUGAUACAUAUAUAUUAGGAUAUAAGGAUUCAAAGAUCGCAUGAUCUGAAGGUUGAAUGCUUAUAUCCUUGGAUUCUUUUUCCCUACGUCUUUAAUCCCUCAUAUUUUUAAGUUAUUGCAUUGAGUAGAAAACUUGGAUUAUCCACUGCUUUCGUAUCAUGAGUGCUCACAUAUUUGGAGACUUUCAGUUUCUUUUCAGCUCCAUAUUUGAUUCUUUAAGUCCCCGAAUAUAUUUAGUCCUUUCACUACUUCUCUUUAGAUAUACAACUCCUUUUUAAUCCUGAAAAAAACAUAAAAUCCUAGAGAAUGCUCUCUCCGAAUCUUAAAAUUCGUACAAUAAAGAAUUCAGUGACUGAGGAUCCAAGGAUCCAAGCAUCCGUUUACAAUACGUAUACUCACACGUCAUAUAGAAAAAAAGAAGACAUGUAAUCUAAGACAGUGUAAUCUAAGCUUCGUUAUUUUUAUGAUCUCAAUUAAUUGUUCGCGGUCGUAGUUUCUAUCGCCACCCUUUAACCAGUUAAAUCGAAUGCGAUCGUUAAAUCGAACGCGAUUCUUUUACGCCAAGAAACGACUCAUAUAGCACAAAUCUCUAAAAGACUUCUUAAAGAGUUCCAAAAGAAUUCCCAAGUUCUCCAGAACACUUUUAGGAUUCUUUAAGAAGUCUUUUAGAGAUUUGUGCUAUAUGGGGAACAUGUCCCACCAGAUUAACAACUGAAUGACAACAAGAAGGACCAAGAAAAAAUUGCGAUGAUCUCGAUACUAUAGGAUGUCGUAGCGUAAUCUACAUAUUAGAAAGAAUUCAGAGAUAUCCUGUGCAUCAAAAGCAGCGAUAGAUACAUCUAAUCAUCUCUAGAUCAGUCAAGAUCACACAGACGUCUAAAAUGACUAAUGGAAUAACGACAUCAUGUUGAGGAUCUUGGUAGGACGAAUGCUGCUCGUUUUUUCUGACUAUUGGCACAUAAUGUACGACAGCACGCGCUAAAAAAAGGAGAAAAAAGAAACGAAAUAUAGAACCACUGGUUAAAGGGUAAUUCGGUUGAUCGAUUGAGAGGAACAAACUAUUGUUAUGUUUCUGGAGAAUUGUUGAGUUGAUAAAUACGUUUAAUAGAUAGAAAGAGUCCACGAUGUUCUUUUCUAGUUUACGAACCUUUCAUCCAUAUUUAAUUCGAGAAGGAAGUACGUACGAAAAAGCGUGUAUGCGUGCAUGUAUGUGUGAUGCGUGACAAGGGGAAAAAAGAGAGACAGAAAGAAAGAAAAGGAAAGAGAGAGAGCGAAAGAAAGAAGAGACCAACGCGAAUGAUGUGAUCACGAACAACAGGUGUAAAUAUGUAAAAUAAAGUGUUCCUGACGUAAACGCACAGAAAAUAUCGUCAGAAAAUAGUUGACAAGCGGCAAUUU